ACAGAUCCUAUUUCCAUUACCAACACUGAUACAACUUCAGUCACAACAGAUCCUAUUUCCACCACCAACACUGAUACAACAUCAGUCACAACAGAUCCUAUUCCCACCACCAACGAUGAUACAACAUCAGUCACAACAGAUCCUAUUUCCACCACCAACGCUGAUACAACAUCAGUCACAACAGAUCCUAUUCCACCACUAACGCUGAUACAACAUCUGUCACAACAGAUCCUAUUUCCACCACCAACGCUGGUACAACAUCAGUCACAACAGAUCCUAUUCCUACCACCAACGCUGUUACAACUUCAGUCACAACAGAACCUAUUCCUACCACCAACGCUGAUACAACAUAUGUCACAACAGAACCUAUUUCCACCACCAACACUGUUACAUCAGUCACAACACAGCCUACCCCCACCACCAACGCUGUUACAACAUCUGUCACAACAGAUCCUAUUCCUACCACUAAUGCUGGUACAACAUCAGUCACAACAGAUCCUAUUCCCACCACCAACGCUGAAAGCGAUGCAGUCGAGAACAACAGUUGCGUUCUUACUGUGUCUGUGCUCCGUCAUACAUGAUGUUCGAGGAGCUCAAAACACUACAGUCAGUACUGUCUCGAUACCGAGCCCCACAUCGACAAAUACAACUACAUCGUCACCUGCAGGGACAACUACAUCGACACCGCCACUGACACAUACAGUAGUGGCAGUAACAGCGACACCGGCACCCUCAGCGAUACCGGCACCCUCAGCGAUACCGGCACCCUCAGCGGCACCGGCACCCUCAGCGACACCAACUCCGGCAGCGACACCAACACCGACACCGGCACUGACUCCGACACUGACAGUGACACCGACACCGGCUGCAGGGACACCAAACCCAACCUUAAAUGCAGCACCGACUACAGCCUGUGCUGGGAAGAACUGCACGUACAACAACGGUUCGUCAUGUACAGAGGGUGACGCUAACUGUACAUGUGUCUGUGUACCGACGGAACCAGAGCCAUCAGGCCUUUCUACUGGAGCAAUCAUCGGUAUAGCGGUCGGGGGCGCAGUCGCAGUCAUACUGAUAGUGGUCAUCAUUACCGUCUGCUGCUGCAAGAAAAAGAAGAACAGACAAGUGUCUGCUAGUCAACCUGGAUCCCGGGCUAAAGUCAACGAAACAGAAAUGGAAGAUGCAUAUAAAAAAAGUUUCCGAUCAUUAACUAAUAUGAGGUUGUUUGUAACAAUAUUUACCGUGCUGUUAAGCUGGGUCUGGCUUUGUGAAGCUCAGACUACGAAUGUUGGAACGCCGGUGGGAACAGGUUCUACCCCGGGUGCCACAUCAAUGGCAGCCAGUGGCACGACGACAGCUGCCAUGGCGACAACUACAGGUGUUGGGACAACAACUGCUGGUGGAACAGCGACAACUGCAGGGGGAACAGCGACAACUGCGGGGGGAACAGCGACAACUGCAGGUGGUAUAGCGUCAACUGCAGGUGGAACAGCGACACCUUCAGCUGGAGUGACGACACCUUCAGCUGGCGCGGGGACGACUAGCGUUAGUCCAAUCGUUGGCGGAGGGACCACAGAUACAUCUAACGUUACAUCGGUAACGUCUGCAGUAACCAGCAAAGCGGCACCUACAGUUUGCACAAAGGUAUGUCUGGACCUUGAGAACAAGACGUGUACGGAAGGAGACGCAAACUGUACCUGUAACGACACGUGCGGCCCGGAGGUACAGAAGCCGUCCCCGCAGUCGGGCGGUUUGUCCGGGGGACAGAUCGCCGGGAUCGCCGUCGGUGCCGUGGCCGGAGUCGUGCUGAUCGGGGCAGUGGCCGCUGCACUGGUCACGUGUAAGAAGAAGAGAGGAAGAGCGGUGUCUCCAAACUCUCGCACGGCUAUUGUGGAGGAAGGGGACAGGGAGAGCAAUAAUUAGAUCAUCCUCAUCAUCAUCAUUAACAAUUACAUGACUGGCCUAGAAUGAAAAAAAAAUCACAUGAGGAUUCAUUGAUACGUAAUGGUUUAUACUGUCCUUUCCUUGGUUUUUAUGACACCUUAUUUCACCCUAAGAUGAAGGCCCGAGUUUGACUGUACCCGUGAGGACCAAGAAAACUUUAUACUGGUCCGGAGACCGGUGACGGACUAGCUUGGGCCGGAUCAUUCUAUAGCUGGCUGAGAGUGAACACGAGUGUCUAAAUGUAACUAGGUAUAGAUAGAAGGACAGAAAGAUAUAGGUUUAUUUUUGUACGGCAGAGGUUUAGAUGAAGGUUGGUAUGUAUGUAAUAGUCUUUGUUGUGUGUGUUGAUGAUGUAUCUUUUUAAUGUCGUAUUUGCGAAAUGUACAUAUUGUACCCCAGACCCUGCAAAUAUUAGUGAAGAAUUCAGCGAUUUGUCAUCAAUGAAGUCACCUUUUCUAUGACUCUUUGGACCAUGAUGGCCGAACGGUUGCUGUUAUACGAAGGACGUGUACUGCUCCCUCUUUUACUUGCCAGAAAGACAGAAAUAACAAAAUCUCUGUAUAGAAAAUAGCUAGCUAGAACGCAGUUCAGCCAGAGAAGUCCAAAGAUGAAGAAAAGAAAUAUCUUACUCACACAAGAAAUGUUCGCAGAUUGUUAUUGUAUCAUCAUAAGACGUUCGUCAAUUGAAAUGCAGGUUAUCA